CAGGAAGUGAAAAAAGUUCUUUAGUCCAAGUGUUUAGUCAGAACUUCGUAUGCAGUAUAUAUAUAUAUACAUUCGCCACAACGAUAGCUGAACUAUUUAAUCUUAAGUUUGUGUGUUCAAGGCAUGGCAACUCAUUCAGACAAUCGCGGUAAAUCCCAUGUGGAUACUAAUGGGGUUGAAGAAGAUUGCCAGUCAUCUGUUUACAACCAAAGCAUUGAUACAUGUGGUGCUAUAAGUACUUCAAGUAAUGGAGCAGAUCCUGAUGAUUUUGAAAAAGGUCCUCAAGAUUAUUUUGAGGAAGAUAAUGACGAUGCUGUUGGUGCAGAGAAAACGCCUCUUCGUAACAGAAAGAGUUUAAAGGAACACGCCGACGAACAGGCUACAGUACAUGAUGAGACAAAAUGGAUUCGAGAGCACAUCAAGCGGAGAGAAUGUUCACAGUUUAUUGCGGACCCCCAAAAGGAGCAAUCACCGGAGGAUACGAAGGGGCACUGCUACUGCGGUUAUCCCUUCAGCAAACACAGUGAAGCGGCUAAGGGGAGGCACGUCGAGGCAGGUACAACAUGGGACUACAGGAAACAUUCUGUACCGAAAAUGACCAACGCCUUCGGCGAAAUAGAGUUUGGUGGAAAUGUGGCGAGGUAUGUUAGGGUAGAUGUGGACACAAACAUGUCGGACAUGCUGGAAUUUAUGAUGAAGGUCUGGGGGCUCGAUAAGCCCCAGCUCCUCGUAUCCGUGACAGGGGGCGCUAAAAGCUUCAACAUGGGCAAACGACUCAGGGACACAUUUCGACACGGGCUCAUGAAGACUACAGGUGCCUGGGUCGUAACAGGUGGCACCAACGCAGGAGUAAUGAAACAUGUUGGAGAGGCUGUGAGAGAUUCUGGAAUUGCAUCGAUGAGCAAAAACCAGGUCAUCGCCAUUGCAAUUGCGUCAUGGGGUUGUGUAAAAAAUAAAGAGGCUCUCAUCAAUAAAGAGAGCAAUGGACUAUGGCCGGCUUAUUAUUGUAUUGAAAAAAAGCAGCGCGGCGAAGAGAGUUUUCUAGACCCGAAUCACUCCCAUUUCAUCCUCGUAGACAAUGCCACACAACACAAGUUCGGUGUAGAGAUUCCAUUCAGGGCAAAACUGGAAAAGGAAAUAGCCAAAAUCAAACCUGAGACGGGAGAAAAUGCCGCAUCAGUGCCACACAUUUUGCUAGUUCUGGAGGGCGGUUCUGGCACACUUGAAACUGUUCACCAGGCGAUAUUGAACAACACACCCACAGUCGUUGUGAAGAGCUCAGGCCGUGCAGCGGAUAUCCUCGCCUACGCCUAUCUCAACAGAAAAGAAGUGGGAAAUGAAAAGGACCAUGCUGGGAAAGAGCAUACAACGUACUUCGACGAAUCUGUGGAAAUCACGGUUAAGGAGAUGAUAGAACAAGAACUCGGUAAUACGGACACGAUGAAGCACCUGAAAAUCAUAAAAGAGUGCCUCGAUAAAAGCGACCUCAUGUCCGUGUAUGAAAUGGAAGGGAAGGGCUGGGUGAAGGAUAUUGAUGUUGCUGUUCUACAGGCUCUUUUCAGAGCCAACAAGUACAAAGUGAUGGACCAGUUGAAGCUAGCCCUGGUCUGGAACAGAAUAGAUGUUGCAAAGAGCGAAAUUUUUACAGAUGACAAGAGAUGGCCGACGGGGAUACUGGAUGAUGUAAUGUUCUCAGCCAUACUACUGAACCGGAUCGACUUUAUCAAACUUUUCCUCGAACACGGUGUGAGCCUCAAAAAGUUCCUUACAAAAGAAAGGCUUCUUAUGCUGUACAACAAGAUUCCGCCCAACUGUUUACUGCGAACCUUACUAGAUAGAUCAAAGAAAGAUGAGCGUAAGCCAGGCUUUUCACUGAGAGAUGUAGGGACGCUGAUUCGAGACCUUAUGGGAGACACCUUUCAUCCUAAGGCGCUUGAGGUCGAUUAUGACUUGGGAGACAUGGAUUCAAAAAAAGGAAACAGUAAACAUGAAGAGGAAAAAUCACUGGUCUCUGACCAAUCAUUUCCGCACCUGUUUAUCUGGUCGAUACUGAUGAUACAUCAGGACAUUGCGAAACUGUUCUGGGCUGGAAGUAAGGAUGCCAUAGCUACGGCUUUGGUAGGUAACUACCUGCUCAAGUCCAUGUUAAGGAAGACAAAAUGCACGGAGGUCGUCAAUAAAAUACAAGAAUACAUGAAUGAAUGGUCAGAUUUGGCUUCUGGAGUCUUGUCUGAAUGUCACUCAACGGACGAACACAAGGCCAAAGACCUGUUGGUACGGGAGCUAAGUAACUGGGGCGAUACAUCGUGUAUGUUAAUAGCUGUGAAGGCAGAAAACAAGGACUUUAUCUCGCAGACCGCAUGUCAGUCUCUGCUAGACAGGAUAUGGAAUGGAAGACUGGUUCAGGACAAUUCGCUAUGGAGGCUCCUGUUGUGUUUGUUUUUCCCGCCCUUGAUUUUAGUUCUGCCCUUAUUCACCAAAGCUGAUACCUGUAGCACAUUUGCAAGUAUGUCAACGUGCACAACGGGUGACAACAAAAACAAAGAUUGCAACCAAGAUUCUCACAAGAAAAUGAGACAGAAAACGUACAUACCAAUGGAUCCAAUGAGAGGCCAGCUACAAGUUUAUGAUGAUAAAACAGAUGAAAAGCUCAAUGUCAAGAUGACAGCUAAUGAUAAACUUGGCUACUUUUUCAAAGCUCCUAUCAUCAUAUUUAUGUAUAAUGUGUGUUCUUACCUCGUGUUCCUCAGUCUUUACACGUACAUCCUGAUCUUCAACUUUGACCCGAAAGUCUCCGUGGAAGAGAUUAUACUUAUCAUCUGGGUGUUUGCGAUUGCAACGGAAGAAGUCAGACAGAUGGCAACGAGCUCUUCAACCACAUUGGCCAUGAAAUUGAAAAUCUACAUCACUGACACAUGGAACGUUGUCGACACCUUGACCAUAGUGUUGUUCAUCAUCGGAAUAAUCCUGCGAUUCACUCCUUACGAGAGCACGUUCGAAGCUGCCAGAGUGAUCCUUGCUAUCAAUUUUGUGACAUUUUUCAUGCGGUUGUUGCACAUUGUGUCGGUUCACAAAGAACUAGGACCCAAACUUGUUAUGAUUGGCAAAAUGAUCCAGGACUUAAUGUACUUUCUGGUGAUCCUGAUGGUGUUCAUGUGCUCGUACGCGAUUGCCUCCCACUCCAUUCUCUAUCCCAACUCCCCGCUAACAUGGAACACGGCCGUUCAGAUCAUUCAUAAUUCUUACUGGAACAUCUACGGAGAGCUGUUCUUGGACGAAAUUGAAGCUGACUGCUCGCACAAUGCUGCAUUAUGGAUGAACGGUACUCAGGCCAGGUGCCCAACGGACACAGGAAAGUGGGUAGUGCCGAUCAUGAUGGGCAUCUACAUGUUGCUUGCUAACGUGUUACUGCUUAACCUUCUCAUUGCAAUGUUCAGCAACACGUUCCAAAAAGUCCAGGACAACGCAGACAAACAUUGGCACUUCCAGCGUUACUCUCUAAUCCGAGAGUACUACACACGGCAUGUACUCUUUCCGCCGUUUAGUCUUCUCAUGCAUAUAGUUUUGCUCUUCCGAUUUAUAUGUGAGUCAUUCUGCUGUAAGGCUAUGAAAAAGAAGAGUGGAAAAGCUGAAAAUGAUUUCUGUCGAAAGUUCAAGAAUGAGCGUGAGUUAAUACAAUGGGAGGACGUCAUUGCCGAAGCCUAUCACCAUGGACAGGAACUGAAAAACCUGCAGAGUCCUGAACACAGAGCGGAUAGCACACACAACAUUAUUGAGAAGAUCCAGGAACAGCUUGAAGGGAAGAGUCCACCUAGACUGGAGAGUAGGCUGACUAGCAUCGAAAAACAGCUGGAAAGUACUCAGGACUCUCUGGAGUGGAUAAAAUCGGCUCUACAAAAGUCAAUCAAUGACAAUAAACCCAAAGAGUCAGCCCCAGAGGUUUUGCUUACGAAGCAAAUCAGGGUUGAAGAUAUGUGAAGGUAAUAUUCGCAGAUUCUUCUCACUUAGGGCUGUCUGGGGAGAAUGCAUCACUGGCGUCCUAAUAAAUUGUCCCUCACAAGCUGACAAUGGACGGUUCACACCUAUUCGUUGUAAAUCUCGCUGCCGGAAGUCUAGGUGCAUACCAUGCCGAGUGUUAAUUUUUAUUGUCACAAUGUGGAACAGAUAUAUAUCUUAUCAAUGAUUGACUCUUGCUCUGCACUACUAAAUAGUUGAUUACAAGGAUAUUGCAGAGCAAACAAGUAUGUUAUUCAAGCGUAGAGAUAUUUGCGGCCUUAAAUUAAUCCAAAAAGAAUAUGAACAUUGUUGUAAUCAGAAAAUAUAGUCAUGUAUUGUGUAUGUUAAUGUUUUAACUCUCUUGAAUGAGUGUAGAGCACAGACAAACAAAACCACACCCAAGUGUCAAAUUUAUCUUUAUAUUGUGCUCGUCCGUCUAUAAAAUACUGGGGGUAGGGACUUUGCCAUGAAUGAUUUUGACCAUCACCCGUUUUGGAGGUCUACUUGUAACUGUAGUGUUUCUAUUAUAUUAUUGUAAGGCCAAAACAAAUAAUGUUAAGUUUCUCAGUGCCCGCUACAUUCAUUAUCUAAACCAUGUUCCAUAUUUUUAUUUCACAAAUUAAUAGCGCUUUUGAACCAAAAUAGGAUGACUUGACGGGAUUUAUUUUUCACGAAAUUAUAGUGCGAUCAGUCAUAUUUACUUCUUUUAAAUGAUGUAAAAUAUAUGCUAUUUUGUUAACUAAGUUUAUGUGUCAUUUUCCCAUAUUUUAAUGCCAAAUAUUGCUUUUAAUUCUAUAUUAUUUUUUUACAGAAAACAAAGUCUGUGCCCUCUUCCAAUGAUCUUAAUUUUUUUUUGGUUGUUUCACCUAUACAUCGGCGCCUCUUUCGUAGAGUCGGUUAACCCUGAAACGUUUAUAGGCCGUAGCUCGCUGUACUAUUUGUUUGUUUUUUUGAAACAGAAACAAUCUUGUUGAGAUUUUCUUUUGGGUUAUUUAAAAGAAAACAAUUUAUUUCUUUGACAAUAAUGCAUACUGUUCAAUCUUAAGAUAUGUAAUCACAUUAAAGAUAUGUACUGUUAAAGUGACAUUUUUCAAAAUAAUUUAACAUUAUUUUUGCUAUUCAAUAAUACAUUCAUGUACUAUAUACUUUUAUUUAAAUGUGUUUACAUUUAUUUUGUCAUAUUAUAUUCCAUACAUUAUUCUGAUCGCAUUGUAAUGUACAUUUUUGUCCCAUUUUAAUGUAUGUUAGGCUAUUACCUUGAUUGUUAUGUAUGUUAUGGUAUUAACCUGUGCCUCAGAGUAUGGUCUUCAUAGUUAUGUAUGUUAGAUUAUAGCCCUGUGCCUAGAAGCCUGGUCUUCAUUGCAAUGUAUGUAAGGCUAUUAUAUUGUACCUCAAAGUCUGGCCUUCAGUGUAAUGUUUGUUAGGCUAUAACCUUGUACCUCAGAGUAUGGUCUUCAUUGUUAUGUAUGUAAAGCUAUUACCUUGUACCACAAAGUUUGUUAUUAAUUGAAAUGUAUGUAAGCCAAUUACUUUGUACCACAAAGCCAGGUAUUAAUUAAAAUGUAUGUUAGGCUAUUACCUUGUACAACAAAGCCAGGUAUUCAUUGUAAUGUAUGUUAGGCUAUUACCUUGUGCCUUAGAGCCAGGUCUUCAUUGUUAUGUAUGUAAGGCUAAUAUAUUGUACCUCAGAGUCUGGUUUUCAUUGUAAUGUAAGUCAGGUUAUUACCUAGUAACUCAGAGCCUGGUCUUCAUUGUAAUGUGUGUUCGUCUAUUACCUUGUACCUCUGAAUAUGGUCUCCAUUGUUAUGUAUGUAAGACUAUUACUUUGUUCCUCAAAGCAUGCUACUCAUUGUAAUGUAUGUAAGACUAUUAUCUUGUGCCUCAGAGCCUGAUGUUCAAUGUCUGUUAGGCUAUUAUCCUGGUAUUCAUUGUAUGGUAUCUCGUCUCUUAGAUCCUGGUUUCUACUGUAAUGUAUGUUAGGUUAUAAAUCUGUGUCUCGGAACCAGGAAUUUAUUGUACUGUUUGCUAGGAUAUUAUAUUAGAGCAUACUCGUCACUAUAAUGUAUGUUAUGCUAUUACUUUGUGUCUGAGGGCAUGGUCUUCAUUAGUUGUUUGGCAACUGAGCUUUACUUUUAUUUUUGUUUUUUAAAAAGCACAGUUUUUUUUUCUAAAAAUGGGUCAAAUUAUUGUUUAAAAGUCUUAGGCUUUGGAAAACUACAAAUUAUGAAUUUAUGAAGUAUUGCUUCCCUAUAUUUGAUAGUUAAGGCUGUCCUCUCUUUAUACGCAUACGCAUAUGCAUAUGGAGGUUAUUUACACAACUCUUGUUUGCGCUCGUUUAACUUCAAUAAAAAGUUUUCAUCCACGUACCAAUUAAGUUAAAUGCUUAUAAAACUCAUCCUUUAUAUGGACUGAUAAUUAUUGUUUUAAAGUGUUUAUUGAGAUUGUCAGGUUAGUGUUUAAGUCCUCUACCCGGUAGAAAAGAAACACAAAGUGCCUUAGAAAAACAACAACAAAUGUCUUCUUUACCAAACGAACGCUUUCAUAGAAAACCAUAAUAUACAGGUCCCUCCAUCAAAAAGGCUUCUUCCUGUAUAUGAUAUAUUUAUGGAUUUUAAUUACUGUUAUGUUCAUCAUUAUGCUACAAGAUGAUAAUUCUUUGCUUUAUGUAGAUUUUAUUGAAUGUUUCUUAUAAUCAUUCUGUAUGCUGAAAACGUCCCCGCUCCAUGCCGCUAAAUACAGAAUCAAUAUGUCAAGGUCUAAGAUUCAAUGUGCAAUAGUAACUGAUUCACAUAUAUUUGCACAGAUUACUAUCAUGCUGAUGUUACCACAUACAUGAUUGUAUGAAUAAAUGUUAAGUUUUAUAAAAUCAGAAACUCUGUCAUAUCGAAGAGAGCCCCUGAAAUGACAAAAAAACAUUUAAUUUUGGUAGAUUUUUUUAUAUAUCUACCUAUUACGUACUAAUAGACAAUUAUAGGGUUAUCAACAGUUAACAAAACAACAUUUCGUAAAACAAUUUAUGGAUUCAGAUUGUUAGAAUGAUUUUUUUUCUUCUGAAAAUAAAUGUGUGACUGUUUACUUCAGGAGCUCCGUAAUAAGACAGGGGUUAUUUAAUCAGAACACUAUUGAUAUCAUAACUGUAUUAUGCUUCUUUAGUAUUACAAUGGUAAUGAUCAGUCUCCUACGUGGUGAUCUCCAUUAGCGAGCAAAGAAGAUCUCUGCCACCACAUACGAAAAACAGCUACAUACUUUUUUACAAAAUUAAUCUAAUUUUAUCUCAUUUAUGCCUAUUGUUUUGUUUUUUUAAACAGGUGAUUUUGAUUUUCUUAGCUUAUUCAUAAUCCAUAUCAUUAUUUUGUUAUUUCAGUUUGAUUCAUGUUGUUUUGAUGUUUGAAGUAAUUCAUGUUGCUUUUAUAUGUUGUUGUAGCAUGUAAGCUGAUAAAAUCCUUCACGUGAGCUUUUGGUUACAAGUUCAGUCUGGUAUGUAUUUAUUAUGAACAUUUUUCUUAAUCCAAGACAGUUGUAUAGAAUGACUGUCCAUUGGAUUUGUAUAAUAUUACAUAUAGGCAAAUUGUCAUUAAUGAACCAGACAAUAACUGUAUAAUAACUAGUUACACUUCGGAUAGCUAAUUUCUAUGUUGCAUUACCGCGUCUAACCGGUGUAGUAUACAACUUGGGCGUUGUAGCUGACAGAUCAGACUGAGUAUUACCUAUUUCCUUUCUUAUAUUGGUCUUUGGCAGAUUGUUGUCAUGAUUUCUGACAUAAAUAUAUUAGUGCUUUUCUAACAAUUGAAAAUUGCAAGUAUAUAACUGUUCGAGUAUACUGAAUUGUCAUGAAUCUAUGCCAAUUUAUUUUUAUUCAGUUAAUUCAUUACGUCUAGAUUCAUGUACUACUUUUUGCAUAAUAAUUUAACCAUAUUAUUUUACUGGCAUAUAACUCGAGCUAAUGAACACUAUUAAUUAGAAUAAUUUACCUAUCUGUAAGGUACAUCUCACCUAUGCUUAUAUAUAAAGUAGACUAUAAUAUAAUCAAUUUUAUCAGUGUUCAUUAACCAGAAACUGCCAGUACAUUCAUUAUUUUUUUCAUCUUAAGUCUUUU